AGCAGCAAACCAAUGUGAGUCGGUGACCGCCGCCCCCUUUUCCCCUCACUAGCCUACACUGUUUUCCUCGUUUACGGAGUGACCGCGACAGCUGCCAAUGUUUAGUUCGUCUUCGUGAAGUUGGGACACAACCGAAGGCAUGCCGCUGGCUCGCAGCCUGUCUGUCACGUCCCUAUCAGGACUUGACGAGUGGGACGAGGAGUUUGAGUUGGAGGAUGCUGUACUUUUUGAAAUUGCUUGGGAGGUAGCCAACAAAGUUGGAGGGAUCUACACAGUCAUACAGACCAAAGCCCGUAUGACCGCGGAGGAAUGGGGGGAGAACUAUUUCCUGGUGGGUCCCUACGUGGAGAGCAACGUGCGCACCCAAGUGGAGCUGAUCGAGCCAACCAAUCCUGUGCUGAAGCGGACCAUUGAUAAAAUGAACGCCAGUGGCUGUAAGGUUUACUUUGGCCGGUGGCUUAUUGAAGGCAGUCCAUACGUAGUUCUGAUUGACGUCGGCUUCACCGCCUGGUCUCUGGACCGCUGGAAGAGCGAGCUGUGGGACCUCUGUGCCAUCGGCGUGCCUUGGUUCGACCGUGAGGCCAACGAUGCCGUUCUGUUUGGCUUCCUCACCGCUUGGCUCUUGGGAGAGUAUGCGGCUCAGUCUGAGGAUCCUCCACACAUUGUAGCCCAGUUCCAUGAGUGGCUGGCAGGUCUGGGCCUGGUGCUGUGCAGACAGAGACAGCUUGCUGUUGCAACUAUUUUCACCACCCAUGCUACACUGCUGGGUCGCUACUUGUGUGCUGGAAAUGUGGACUUCUACAACAAUCUGGCAGAGUUCAAUGUGGAUAAAGAAGCCGGAGAUCGGCAAAUUUACCAUCGCUACUGUCUGGAGCGGGCGGCUGCACACUGCGCUCACGUCUUCACCACUGUGUCACAAAUUACAGCCAUCGAGGCCGAGUUCCUGCUCAAGAGGAAACCCGACAUCGUCACUCCAAAUGGUCUCAAUGUGAAGAAGUUCUCUGCUAUGCAUGAGUUUCAAAACCUCCAUGCUCAGAGCAAGAGUCGCAUUCAGGAGUUUGUCAGGGGUCACUUCUAUGGGAACCUUGACUUCAACCUGGACAAGUGUCUGUUCCUCUUCAUAGCAGGAAGGUAUGAAUUCUCCAACAAAGGAGCUGACAUCUUCCUCGAGGCUUUAGCCAGACUCAACUAUCUGCUGAGAGUUAACCACAGCGAUGUGACCGUUAUAACUUUCUUCAUCAUGCCAGCUCGGACCAACAACUUCAACGUGGAGACGCUGAAGGGCCAAGCAGUGCGGAAGCAGCUAUGGGAUACAGCCCAGACUGUAAAGGAGCGCUUUGGAAAGAAACUUUAUGAAUCACUCCUAGUUGGUCAGCUGCCAGAUGUGUCGAAGAUGCUGGACAAAGAAGACUUCACCAUCAUGAAGCGUGCCAUCUUUGCCACUCAGAGGCAGUGCCAGCCUCCAGUCUGCACCCAUAACAUGCUGGAGGACAGCAGCGACCCCAUCCUGAACUGCGUCCGCCGCAUCGGCCUCUUCAACAGCUCUGCUGACCGAGUCAAGAUCAUCUUCCACCCAGAGUUCCUUUCAUCCACGUCUCCUCUGCUUCCCAUGGAUUACGAGGAGUUUGUCAGAGGCUGCCACCUUGGUGUCUUCCCUUCUUACUAUGAGCCUUGGGGUUAUACACCAGCUGAGUGCACAGUGAUGGGUAUUCCAUCCAUAUCCACUAAUCUGUCAGGCUUCGGAUGUUUCAUGGAGGAACACAUAGCAGACCCUUCAGCGUAUGGUAUUUACAUUCUUGACCGGCGCUACAAGGGUGUCGACGAGUCGUGCAACCAGCUCACUUCCUUCCUUUUCCAGUUCUGCAAACAGAGCCGACGCCAGCGGAUCAUCCAGAGGAAUCGCACAGAGCGCCUGAGUGACCUCCUGGACUGGAGAUACCUCGGCAGAUAUUACAUAGCUGCUCGUCAUAUGGCCUUGGCUAAAGCCUUCCCAGACACCUACGUAUAUGACCCUCAAGAGCCCUCCUCGGCUUCAGGUUUCCGCUACCCUCGACCAGCCUCUGUGCCUCCGUCUCCGGCUCUGUCCCGUCACUCCUCCCCGCACCACAGCGAGGGCGAAGACAACGAAGAGGACGAGCGGUACGACGAGGAGCUUGAGGCCGAAAAGGACCGCGUGAACAUCCGCCAGCCCUACACCAUAUCGGUUAAAGGCAAAGCCGUCCUCGGAGGCAACGGGAGCGGCGAGGACGAGGCGAGCGAGAAAAACUGAGGCGCACACACUCUUAUGCAUUAUGCUGAACCUCACUAGUGAAACUUUUUUUUUUCUUCUGUUGCAAUCAUUAGUCAUCCUUGCACUACAGACUUGACAAAUGGGUGCAGCUGUGUUCAUGUGUGUGAUUUCUUUAGUCGUGGCUUUCUGUGAAAAAAGAAAAUGCAUCACUGUCUGUGUCUUCCCAACCAAUGCGUACCUCAGAACCUUAAAACUGUCAGCCGGUUUUUGGUAUCAUUUCAAACACACCAGCACUGCAACCAGUAGUCGGCUGAAAACAUAGAAACAGAAACCAGUGAAUUAAAAUGACCCUGUUUUGUGGAUCUAAUGGUGAAUAAUUUAGAUAUAAAGCAUUAAUAAGGUAACAGGAGUAGCAGAGGGGCUUAGAUUCUAGGAUUAAAAUGAGGAGAAAUAGAAUGUGGCAUAAACCUCCAUCUUUUACAAGCUUGUCAUUUUUCUUCAUUCAAAGCAAAACUUGCUACUUUUUUUUCCCAGCUGUUUUGCAAAUGCCUUUUUACAGCAAAAUGUCCCAGAUUGGAAAAAGAUGGAGCUCAUACAUGCCCAGUAAUUAGUAGCAGUAGAUAUAAGAGAAUACAAAACCUCUCCUUGAGCUUAGCAUCAUGUGUUUUUUCAUCUUUUUUUUUUUUUUGCCUUAUUGCAUCAGUUUUCUAAUAAUUAAGAAUACUGAUCAGUUACAUUUCACAUCCAUUUACCUGUCAACAUAUGCACUUGUGUGGAGGUAGUUUAUCUUGUUCAACGAAGUACUUAUUUGUGAAAGCGGGAAGAAGGGAAGAAGAAUUGCACUCUGUGGGGGAAUCAAGAUGAAGGUUAGAUGAUGGUUUUACCAGAUGUGUCCCGUCACUGUUUCUCCUCAGUAUGAGUUGUAUCGUUUUCUCCAGUAAAAUAAAAUUGAAAGCUCUAUAUAUGUUAGUAUUUUA